CACACACACACAAACGGCUCUCUCCGCAGUAGCCUGCUGGCAGUUAGUGUAGCGGGACCUGGGAGCGACAUGAGCGGCUCUCAGCCCGGGGGCAACCCGGAGGAUUUGGAGCCGCUGUGCCUGGGGCUGCUUGGCCUGAGGCGGAGAGCCCUGCAGGAGCUGUCUUCCGCCCGGACCUUCUCAGACCAGUUCCUCACCAAGUUCCUGCGGGCCAGAGACCUGGACGUGGAGCUCUCCCUGAAGCUGUUACUGAACUACCAGCGGUGGCGCAGGGAGAGUCCUGAGAUCAGCCGCUGUCUGUCCCCCUCUUCUGUGCUCGGCCUGCUCAACACAACGUACCACGCCGUCCUCCCCCAGCGGGACCACAGCGGCAGCAGGGUGCUCAUCUACAGGAUCGGACAGUGGGACCCAAAAGAUUGGUUGGCCUUCCAGGUGUUCAGUGUCAGCCUGAUGACAUCAGAGAUCAUCUCCAUGGAGACAGAGACACAGAUGCAGGGUCUGAAGGCCAUUUUUGACCUGCAGGGAUGGAGUUUAGGCCACGCUCUGCAGGUUAACCCUUCCCUGGCCAGAAAGAUGUCCUCCGUGCUCUCGGACUCUUUUCCACUGAAAGUCCGAGGAAUCCAUCUGGUGAACGAGCCAAUGUUCUUCCGGCCAGUCUUCGCCAUGAUCCGCCCCUUCCUGCCGGAUAAGAUCAGACAGAGGAUCCACAUGCACGGUGCUGCUUUCCAGGAAACUUUAAGCGACUUCUUCUCGGCUUCUAUCCUGCCUCCAGAAUAUGGAGGGGAGGGGCCUGGCAUAGAGGGGGUGUGUCAGGACUGGACCAAUGAGCUGCUUCAAUCCGAGACGCUCCUGCAGCAGAUUGCCACCCACCCAACAGGUGACAUCGCCAUCCCUCCCGAGGACUGCUGGAUCUCAGAGAGGGUGGAGGCCGAGCAACUGUCGGAGGGAUGAUGUUGGGAAUUUUGGCCCCUGGGUCACACACACACACACACACACACACACACACACACACACACACACACACACACACACACACACACACACACACACACACUCAUUAACACACUUCACUUCAGGUUGUUGUCUGUCUCUAUCUGAUCCACGUUGUGCUUACAUUAUGUUAGCUGUCUCUUGGUUACGUCCUUCAUGAAAUCUGACCAUGGGGACACGUUAAAGAUACUUAUUGAAAAUAAACAUUUCCCCCAAAGUAUUUAAAGGUGACUCGUACCUGCUAGCUUCCCGGUGCUGACAGUGUGUUCAGCUCCUCUCAAGCCACAGAGUGUGACUGGGUCCAGAGGGAAAGGUCAGCACCUCUCUCACACAAACCUUAUCAGCUGUUUCUCUUUCACAGGAUGUUGCUGGAAGUUUUUUACAGAGUUCAUUUUUUGUUCUAUAUUUAAACAUUAAUAAUGUGAAGACAAUUCUCCAGUGGAGCUAAGGGAUGGAUCACCUUGAGGGACGGGCUACAAGAACCCAGAAAGCGUCCAUCUCUUUGAAAUCCACUGUGAUGCUUUGCAAUGAUCCUGGAAGCUGGACAGACAAGACAGAUCCUGGACAGACAAGACAGAUGAGCCUGAUCCUUCGACUCAGCCCCUCCCCUAAUGAUCUCCUGUUCUUGGUGGAUCAGUUUUAGCGUGGUCAUCAUUUCAACAGUUUCCACUUAUGUUACAAUAUUUGGAGGACCAAUAUAUGCCAUAUUCCCCGGUAUAUUGAGACAUGAAUGUGCUGUUAACACUGAGUUUAAAAAGAUUUGUGUUGCUAGACCUGAAAUAGGUUGUUAAUAACAGGAUGUGUAUUUAUUCAGCUUGCCCUUUCUAAAAACAGAAUGAAUGUAUUUUUUACAUGCUCGCUUUUUUCAGAGCACAUACAAUUGUAUAGACAUAAAGGAAAAUGUUGUUGUGCUCUUAUGUGUUUACACAUUUGAACUGUUUUGACAUCAACAUGAUUGGUCAGCAAACAUCAGGCCUGUGUUCUUGUAGGGUUUGUGUACGUUCAAGGGUCAAUGAAGGAAAGGUUCUGAGUGUUGUGAAUAAAUGUUUCUGUGCUCAGCCUGAGGAUGUUUUAGUAACAGACAGGUCUUUUUUCUAUUCAAGUGAAGGACUACCAGAUAAAUACCUGUCAUGUUGAUGUGUCAGCGGGUUGUAGUAUUGAUCAGGACGAGAAUGCAGUCCCCUAACAUGGAGAGGGCUUGACAUGAUAGACAUGAGGGUCAAAUCUCAGACUAAAGACACAUGAAAAGUCAUACUAAACCCCUGCAUGGCAGAUUUAGUGCCGCACGUUUUAGGAGAACAACCACAGUAACAUUUUCAUGUUUUUUCAUUUUAAUAAUAGAAACAGUAAAAAUAAAAACAAUGGGAGGAUUGGUAGCCAGGUACAACAUUAAAAUGCAUGUUAUUGCAUCAAAAAUAGUUAUACAAAAAAAAGAUUUGAAUACUUGCAACAGUGUUUUUAAACUGUGGUAUACCUUGUUUUCCUUAAGUAAAAUAUCUUAAAACUUUUUCAACCACUGACAUUAAGUCACAAGUAUAAAAGCCCUUGAAUCAGCUUGGUUUACUUUCCUAACCUUUGCUGUUCCUUUUGGUAGUCUGCCCCCCCCCCCCCUGCUCUCUGUGCACGCUCGCUGCAGACCUUUGACCAGAGAUUCGCUUAGCACACAUCCAGCACCAGCUCUUUGAUAGCUUCACGAUGGACUGCGUAUGUGCACUGAGAAACAUUAAUCCCAAACAUUCUGUUUCAUUCCUCUUCACUUCCUAAACUGAAAGGAACCCAUGUGUUGUUCAGUAUUGUAGAAAUACAGCUUCCUUCCUCUGUCCAAACACUAACUUCCCUUAAAACAGACGGUGCUAUACUGCUGGGUUUACAUUACACCAGCUCCACACAUACACAACUCCCCAAACAGUGACAGAGAAACGUUGAUGUGUCAGAGGACAGAGCAGGCAGCGGGGAAACAUCAGAUGCAAGGGACUGUCUGAAUAAAUGAAUCCUGCUGGAAGGUAUUCGGCUGCACAGCAUUCCAAGCACUUUGCCUGUAAGGUCAAAUCUUUUAUUACGUCAUUGAUAACCAAUGCUUUUUGACUCAACACGGUAUAUUAAAAGAAAAAGGAAACCAAUAAAGAGUUUUUAACUUAUACUGGGUUUUUAGAGUGCUAGCUGAUACCAUGUAACUCCUGUGUGUUUGAACAGCUUGCUGAGUGAGUGCACACCCACAGUUAAUCUUUAGACCCAGUGCUGACCUGUGUACACUUAUUGGUUUUAUGUGACAGGCAUUGUCCCUUAACAAGAAUAAAUAAUGAACAGAUUUA